AUAGAAUCCUAGAAACCCUAAUUAGAAUGGAUGUGGGGCUGGGCUGAAUUACCGCACAAGGGAUCGACACUCUUUACAAGGUGCCGGCACUUUGAGUGGAGCGUCAACUGCAUCCUCCGUGUCGGGUUUUUGGCCUUUUGUGCAAUUUUGGUUAAUGGCAGAAUAACAGUCUUGACGGCGAGCAUCGUCCUCCAAGUCUCGUGGGAAUCGAAGAGAGUAAAAAUGUCGAGAUCCACAUACCAACUUCGAUAACAUCAAGGAGACCGAAGGCUCGUCUUCUUCCUCCUGAAAAACAAUGACAUCUCAAUCGCUAUCGAUGGCUUCAGUUGAAUUCGAGCUCCAGUAACAGAACAAGGCAGGAGAAUCCAAUGGACGUGGUUUCUUCGAAGCAUUUGCAGGCGCAAUUGCUUUCCAAAUUCGAUAAACAAAUACCCUUCAGAAAACCCCAUUACAGGCAACCCCAUCAUCUUCAAAGCUGCUUUAGUUUGGCUAAAAGAUACGAGAGUUUGGCAUGGACCCACCAAGUGCUCGACGAAAUUCCCAUAUCAGAUACUUUUGCCUGGAACAAUCUUAUCCAAACUCAUCUCACCAGCAAUGACCCUCUCGCUGUCCUCUCCAUUUAUCAUCAGAUGCUGCUCCAUGGCGUUCGGCCUGAUAAGCACACUCUUCCACGCGUUUUAACAGCCUCUCGUCUCUCUGCUAACUUUCCCUUUGGCAAGCAGGUUCAUGCCCACACUUUCAAGCUUGGCUUCUCAUCAGACCUUUAUGUUAUUACUUCUUUAAUAGAAAUGUACGGUCGUCUUGAUAGUGUUGACACUGCAAGAUGGCUAUUUGAAAGUUCCCCUGCCAGAAAUUCCAUUGCUUGGACAAUGAUAGCGAAGUUGUACUUGAUAGACAAUAAACCCGAUUUGGCUAUUGACAUUUUUAACCAAAUUGUGGAGUUGGGAGUUGACAUUGAUCCAGUAGUAUUGGCAACCGCUAUCAAUGCCUGUUCCUUGUUAAAAUCACUGCAGCAAGCACGAAAAGUUCAUCAGAUUGCAAGGAAAUGUGGAUUGGAAUGUCAUGUAUUGGUAAGCAACUCACUCCUAAAAAUGUAUGUUGAGUGUGACAAUCUUGAAGAGGCUCAGGCUGUUUUCAAUGCAAUGCCAUCAAAAGAUAUUAUUUCUUGGACAGAGAUGAUUCGUGCAUACAGAAAAACUGGUGGAUUUAAUGAGAGUCUUAAAUUGCUUCGGCGAAUGAUUAGUAGUGGCGUGCAACCUGAUUCGCUCACAAUUUCUAGUAUUCUUCCUGCCUGUGGAAGAGUACAAGCUCAUAAGCAAGGGAAGGAGAUACAUGCCUACUUGCUUAGGAAUGGAAUUGCCAUGAAUGUUAAAGUGCAAAAUGCUCUAAUGGACAUGUAUGUCAAAUCAGGGUUCAUUGAAUUGGCUUCAAAUGUUUUUGCUGGGAUGAGGGAGCAAGACAUCAUUUCAUGGACUAUAAUGAUAUUGGGAUACAGCUUGCAUGGACAAGGAGAGCUGGGAGUAGAUAUUUUCUGCAAAAUAAAGAAAGAUUCGAGUAUAGAAAUAGAUGAAUUGACAUAUGCUGCUGUUCUCCAUGCAUGUAGCAUUGCACGUAUGGUAGACAAAGGAAGGUUUUUCUUCAACUGCAUCAAAGAACCUAACGUUACACACUGUGCGCUGAUGGUUUCUCUUCUUGCUCGAGCUGGACUCUUCAAUGAGGCACGCUCUUUUAUUGAGGAAUACCAGAUUGAAAAGCAUGUGGAGGUACUGAGAGCACUACUAGAUGGUUGCAGGAUGCACCAGCAACUGAAGAUUGGUAAACAAGUUAUAGAGCAGCUUUGUGAGUUAGAACCUCUUAAUGCAGACAACUAUGUGCUACUGUCAAAUUGGUAUGCUGAAAUUGCGAAAUGGGACAUGGUUGAUAAAGUACGGCAGAUGGUUAGAGACAUGGGUUUGAAACCAAAAAGAGCUUACAGUUGGAUAGAGUUCCAAAAUAAAGUUCAUGUGUUUAGUACAGGUGAUGUUUCCCACCCCAGGUCUGAGAGAAUAUAUUGGGAGUUGCAAUGUCUAAUGAAGAAAAUGGAAGAUGAAAGACACAAUUGUAGUUCAGUCUUUGGGCUCCAUGAUGUUGAUGAAGAGCGUGAGUGUUUACCGACUGGACAUAGUGAAAUGUUAGCCAUUUCUUUUGGUCUCAUUAGUACACAAGUGUGGACAACCAUUCGUAUAACUAAGAACCUCCGUGUGUGUCAAAGUUGCCAUGAUACUGCAAAGGUUCUAUCCAAGAUGGUUGAAAGAGAAAUCAUUAUUAAAGACCCAAAUUGUUUCCAUCACUUCAAGGAUGGACUCUGUUCAUGUAGGGAUUUUUGGUGAUAUAAUUUUUCGAAUGUUUUGGAUGCAUUAUUCAUUAGGGUUUCUAUAGCUACAUAGAGUUUCCACUCAUGUAACUUUUUGUAAGGGCAGAAAGAAAUGGUUGUUAGCAGUAAGCAAUUAUGAUUUAAUCUGGUAACAUAUCUUGCUUGCCAAGUAUUUUCUGAAGUUGCCAUGGAUUUCUGUGAAUUAGCCAUGAAACCUGACUUAAAGGACUUGCACCUUGGUAACUUUGCUUUGCUGAUUAGCAGGGUUUAUAAUUGCCUGUGUAGAACAAGAAGCAGCAAAGAUGGUGGUUAUGUGCCUUGGGCCCUUAGCUCUCAUUUUCUGAGGAAUUAGGUAAGAUGAUACCUGAUAUAUCAAAUUUCUCAAUUCUGGAGAUAUGGUGUAUUGCCGGAUAGUCAUAUUGGUUAAUGUUCUAGGAUACAGAUGAUCUGUGUGUAUGUCAUUGUACUGCUUAAUCUUGAAGGUAUCUCAGGUUGGUCAUGUAUUCUAAUCAUGAGUUAGUGUGAUUCUUAAUCUCAGCUUUUGUAGACAAUUUGCAGACUAAAUAAGCCUAGUUUCAUAAU